AUGAGAAUCAAGCUUCCAGACGAUUGCCAGACAACUUGUCUGAGACAAGGUUUCAUGCUUGACGCAAAAAUUGUCUGGGAUAACUUCCUUUUUUAUCCGAAACUUAUCCGUAAUGGAAAGGGAGUUGACAAAGGCUACAGAGCCUUCAUCAAAUUAAUCGAAUCCGACUACACGCCAAAGUACAAAGUCCAGUCUGCCCAACCAGCUCCGAAAAUCAACCUCAAACAAGCUGCAGAUCCAGUAGUUUUGUCACUAGAAGAACUUGAACGAGGGAAGAAGAAAAAGAACAAAAACAGGAACAAAAAUAAGCUUCCAAAGCCCAAGAAAAUAAAAACGACGACUGCUCCUCCAACGACGACAACAUUUUUCGAUGAAUUUUCUUCCGUGGCGCAGAAUUACGACGACUACUACUUCUACCCUCAAGACUGGAAGAUCAAAGAAACGACGACUACAGAACGAUACGUCCCUGAGACAACUCCAUGGCCGACAACGCCAGCUCUGGUCUACACAACAGAAGAGACAGCGCAACAAGUGAAGCCUCAAAAGUUCAGUUUUCCAGCUGGGCUUCAAAUUCCAGCGCACCUUUCGAACCUCAAAGCUGGUCUUUUCGCCGCACCAAAGCCCAAUUUUGGUGACUUGGGUGAUGCGUCCGACGAGUACGAGUACUACUACGAAUACUACUACGACGAAAAUGACUCUUACUACGACGAUCUUGGAAUGAGAAAACCAACGAAGAAAAAGCGAAGAAAGCGACGAAAAAAGAACCAAAAGAAGAAGAAAAACCAGAAAAACUACGGCAACUACCAGAACUCCUACAGUGCGCCAGCGUUCGAAUGCUGGGAGUGUUUGUCCGCCAACUCCUUUGAUGACUGUCGAAAUCGAGGGAGAAUGGUUCAGUGCGAUGGAGGCUCGAUCGGGUGCGACAUUACUGUCAGAAGCCGAAGAAUGAAUAGAUACAGAGAUUGGUACAUCGAAAAAGUGCAGAUGGGAUGCAAGCAGAUGCAGAGCUGUCAGACAGAGCACAAGUUCAAUUUUGGCUACCAUCCUCAGUGCUUCCCUGAAGAUUCAACAUGGCCUGCUCUGCUGCAAUGGAAUCAUUCUACUUGCAGGCAAUGCUGUGGAACUUCGAAAUGCAACUUCGACUGGUUCCAAAACGAGCCAGACACGACUCAAGAGUGGAACUCGACAGAUGCUCAUACUGUUGCCUCCUACUCCAACUACCCCGCUAACAAUGGCGCGUACAACGGGGGCUACUACAAUGGCUAG